ACCAUUUUCUAAAAUUGUUUUGUCUGUUCUGUUUUUCCUCAAAACAAAAACCAUUUAUCAAGCUGCAGAAACUGUAUCAAGAUCAUAUUUUUCAAGAAUCGUGAAGAAAUGGGUGGUUCAGGGAAGUGGAUUAAAUCUUUAAUCGGCUUAAAAAAGAAUCAAUCAAAUGAUUCUGAGAAGGGUAGUGGAAAGAAUAGAAAAUGGAAGCUGUGGAGGAGUGCAUCGGGUGGAAUUGCUAUGGCGUUUUCGAAAGGUGUAAAAGGGGGUGGGAAUUUAGGAGAUUCGGAUGAAUCUGAAUCUUCAUUCCUGUCUGACAGUGCUUUGGCUGCUGCUAUGGCUACUGUCAUCAGAGCUCCACACAAGGAUUUUGUGGUUGUGAAACAAGAAUGGGCUGCUCUUCGAAUUCAGGCUGCGUUUCGUGGUUUUCUGGCAAGGCGCGCGUUAAGGGCACUCAAAGCAGUGGUUAGGCUACAAGCUAUAUUUCGUGGGCGACAGGUGAGAAAGCAAGCUGAUGUAACCCUCAAGUGUAUGCAGACUCUUGUCAAGCUGCAGUCUCGAGUUAGAGCCCGAUGCCAUCAAACAUCCGUUGAUGCUACACAAGGGUCUCUUGUUGAUAGCCAAGCUGAUCCAAUUAAGCAAGCUGAGGGUGGAUGGUGUGAUAGCCCUGGCACAGUGGAUGAAGUGAGGUGUAAGUUGAAAAUGAGACAAGUUGGAGCAAUUAAGAGGGAGAGAGCCAUUGCAUAUGCCCAACAGAAACUGAGAACAAACUCCAGCCCGAAUUCAAGAACAAGGAAAGUUGAAACCCCGAAUAAGAUUAAGGCUAAUGGGGAUUCAGUUUGGUUAGAACGUUGGAUGGCGAAUAAGCCUUGGGAAAACAGACUGGUGGAAGAUUUCCAUACUGAUGCAUCAGGGAUGACUCCGAGUUCUAGGAAGUAUGAAGAUUAUGAUGCUGGAUCUUUCACUGACCGUAGUUCGGUGAACAUUAGGCGGAAUAACAUGUCUACCAGGAUAUCUACAAGAGGACCAAUGAGUUGUCAAAUUGCUAAUUCAUCUUCUGAGCCUUAUACUGAUUAUUAUCAAUAUGAUGAUAGUACAACUUCUCAUUCUUCCAUAUCGACUUCUGAAACUCUUGGAUCGAAUCAGACACCUCCAGAAGAGGGACAUAGCAAGAAACCAAACUACAUGAAUCUCACAAAGUCUAUUAAGGCGAAGGUUAAGCAGAGGAAUUCAAAUUACUUGUCUCACAGUAUGCAGAGGAAUUCAACUGAUAACUUACAAGUCCAUAGGAAGUCAAGUCCACUUUCGAGGACGAUAGCAAGGAGAAGUGCUGAUUGUGAUCUUUAUUCAGUUGAUCUGUGUAAGGAUCUCUACCCUCCCUCAAAUGCAUUUUGAUCAAUUAAUCUGGAAGACGAAAGGCGAUUGGUGUUAUGAAAGGGGAGUGUUAGUGAGUUUUAUUUGUCCAUUUAGCUCAACAACUUGUUGUCUUGAUAGUAAAAAUGAGUUUCUUUUGUUUACAUAAAUUUAGACUUAACCAAUACAUAAUGCAUUAGAUGAGAUUUUCUCUAGAAAGCUGAUUUACGAGUUGAUUGCUGUGAUGAUCACUCAACUAGUAGUAAUUAUCUCGGAAAGUCUUUGUAUCAU